CGCAAACUGUCAACAGCAAUUAGAAGUAACUCACCACAACCUCCCUGGCAUCAUGUUUGGUGGAACUGCGCUCCCUGGUACAUGCCUAGGUACUACAUGGUACUUUGCGCAGAGUAGUGAGAAGCUUCCUCCACCACCGCGGACCCUCGUUGGAGCAAUUCUCGGCGCCCAGGCCGAUGAGCACACACACCACGCCGUGCUGGACAACUACAUGCUCUCCGUGCUGGGCCAGGUCUCUUGAUCGUCGGAUCGUGCGUGACCGGUUACGUCCUCUGGCUGGUUGCCUUCUAACAAGGCUGAGGAGGCAGAACACCAAAAAGAGAGACCUAGGAGACUCGACUGAGACUGAUUUCACGGUCAUUCUCCCUAUUACAUCCUUCCUGGCCCUGAUACGCCUCGAAGGAGUAUCCCUAUCCACGUCAGCAAGUCACAUCCACCUGACAGCACAAAAGGUCGUGCUAGGAGCGGCUGAGGAGGCUGCCGGAAUGGGGGCCCGGCUUCCCCCCCUGCUCCGUGACCUUCAGCGCAACAAAUGCCGCACAGAUGGUGAGAAAGGUCAGGGGCAGAGUCACUUGCAACCAGCGGAACAUUGCCUCCUUAGAGAAUGUGCCAUCCUUUGGAGUUCCGGAGUUCGGAUCGCGAAACGUGAUAAUGUGAGUACUGAAGAAGGUCUAAGCGCGCCAGGUUCCUUGUCAGCCUAAGUGCCAGUAGUCGCGCUUACCAGCAGACUUGUAACUCACCGAGACGAAGGUGGCUGGCAAAGUAAACCAAAGUGACGAGUGUGCUGAUUAUCAUGAUGAUUGCUUCCUUCUGCAUACUUGCCGCCGCUUCGGUUUGGAGAUGGUGGACGACCUAAACAGGAAUUAACGUCGGUUAGAAGGGGCCUUCUGGAAGCGACGAGCAGACAAGUACGGUAAACUUACAAUUUCCUUCCUGUCUCUGGUAAUCUUGACGAGCAACUUCGUGCGCGCAAUUUGCCUUUGCAGAUUAGAGAUCAUAUCUUCCAUAGACGCUCAAGCCAACUAUGUCGAG